AGGAGGCCGCCGAACGGGAACCGGUUUCUCUGGGCCAUGUUUCCGCUUAAACACGCAGGACACGAGAGCCUGGGAGCCUGGCGCGCUGGGGGGCUCCUGGCUAACAGCCGGUCCCCAGGGGGUCCAUCCUUGCGGUCCCUCUUUUAGUUCAUGGAUCGCCGCAAGCGGCAGGACGAGGUUAGGAAGAGAGAACUCCCCCCUGGCCGGCCCCAGGGAGGGAGAGAAGCGCAGGAGCCAGCCGCCACCUCUUUUUCCUCCCCCUGGGCGCACCCUCUUCUCCUGGGCGCACGGCCCCCACUCCUCCUGGGGACACCCCGCUCCUUCUCCCCCUGGGCGCGCCCCUUCUCCUGCCCCUGACCCCAGGCCCGAGAGCGCUCCGGGGAGGAGCGGGAAGAGGCGGCGCGGCCGGGCGGGGGGAAGCGCUUCCUGUGUCCGGCUUCCGGCUCCGGGUCCCGGGAGGAGGACCCCCCCCCACCCCGGGCCAUAGGCGGAGCCGCCGCCGCCGCCGCGACUUUCAGACUCGGACCAUGGCCUCGCGCUGGUGGCGGUGGCGGCGCUGCUGCUCGUGGCGGCCGGAGGCGCGCAGCCCCGGGCCCGGAUCCCCAGGACGCGCGGGGCCCCCCGGGACGCGCUCGGCCGCGGGCGCGCAGGUGCUCUGUUUUAAUCUUGCGAAGCGUUUAGCAUCCGCCUUUCCAGAUGUGUCUGGUAUAUCACGGCUGCAUCACACGAGCCCAGCUGCGUGCUGCCAGAGCAGGACGCGGAGUGGUGAGAAGUACACCGACCCUUUCAAACUCGGCUGGAGAGACUUGAAGGGUCUGUACGAGGACAUUAGGAAGGAACUCUUGGUGUCCACGGCAGAACUCAAGGAAAUGACGGAAUACUACUUUGACGGAAAAGGGAAGGCCUUCCGGCCAGUCAUCGUGGUGCUAAUGGCCCGAGCGUGUAACGUCCAUCAUGACGACUCGCGAGACGUGCAAGCAAGCCAGCGCGCCAUAGCCUUAAUCGCAGAAAUGAUCCACACUGCUAGUCUGGUUCAUGACGACGUUAUUGACGAUGCAAGUUCUCGAAGAGGAAAACACACAGUUAAUAAGAUCUGGGGUGAAAAGAAGGCUGUUCUUGCUGGAGAUUUAAUUCUCUCUGCAGCAUCUAUAGCUCUGGCACGGAUUGGAAAUACAGCAGUCAUAUCUAUUUUAACCCAAGUUAUUGAAGAUUUGGUGCGUGGUGAAUUUCUUCAACUGGGGUCAAAGGAGAAUGAGAAUGAACGAUUUGCACACUACCUUGAAAAGACCUUCAAGAAGACUGCAAGUCUGAUAGCCAACAGUUGUAAAGCAGUCUCUGUCCUAGGAUGCCCUGACCCAGUGGUGCACGAGAUUGCCUAUCAAUACGGAAAAAAUGUGGGAAUAGCUUUCCAGGUUGGCAUGCUUAUUUGUAAGAACGGUGGCCUUCUGGUGCAGCCAGCACUCUCCCUUGGAGGAAAGUCAUCAGAGCAGUGGGAAGGCGGCAGUGGUGUUGGGGUGCUGGCACCUUUUACACCCCCUUUUUCCUUUCACCAGCUAAUAGAUGAUGUAUUGGACUUCACCUCGUGUUCUGACCAGAUGGGCAAACCAACGUCGGCCGAUCUGAAGCUCGGACUGGCCACUGGCCCUGUCUUAUUUGCCUGUCAGCAGGCUCACUGCCACGGGAAGAGCGGUAACUGGUGGAAGCUCCAUGUAUCCCAAACCAAACACAUCCUUUUACCUCGCUCAUUCCAGGGAGCCACAGACUGGUAGAACUAAGGAUUUCAGAUUGUGUAGCUCAUGUCCUUCAUUAUACAGACGGCGGCUAGGACCCGAGAAGCUGUACCAGCUGGUAGCAGAAGCAGAACUGGAGCUCAGAGCUAGGAAAUUAUUCAGUCAUUUGGUACCCUGGCUUCCUUAUUUCUGUUAAUGGUAGCAGUUUCUCAAAUAGUAACUAAGUAUUGUUGAAUAUAAAUGAAAUCUUCCUAAUGCCUUUUCGUACCCGUUUUCUUUUCCUGCUACUGCCCUCAGCUUAGUUCUGGUCUUUGUAAAUUACUGCCAUAACCUACCUGUAUCUCUGUCUCCUCCAAUCCAGUGUUCUCAACCUUGGCUGCCCAUUAAAACACCCAAGGAGCUUUUAAAAUCCUGAUGCGCUGGCCAGACCCGAAGCCAGCACCCUCAGGACCCAGGCAACAGUACUUUUUAGAGCCCCGAGUGAGUGCAGUGUGCAGCCCUGCUGAGAACCACGGCUCCGAACUCACACCACCCUCUGCUCCCAAACCUCAGGGGCUUUCAGAUACCACCUGACGUACAGAAUGCCCCAUUCCCACCUUCGGCCUAGGCCAGUGGGCUCAGUAUCCCCUGGGAACUUGUUGGAAACACAAUCUCAGGCCCCCCCACACUGAAUUAGAAACUCGGGGUGUUGGGAAGCCAAGAGGCGAGUCUGGUGCUGUCUAGAAAACAGAACCGUGUCCUAGGCAAAAUGCUGCCCAUCCUUUAAGGUACUGUUUUCCAAACUUCCCUACUCAUCUCAUAGGAUGUUCUCCGUAACAAUAAAUUUCUUGGAGUUGGUCUUAGGAAUCAAUAUUUUUAACAAGGACCACAUGUGAUUUUUGUAAUCAACAAAUUUGGAAAACACUGCUCUAAGACAGUUGACGCUUACAAUAGAAUCCCUUAGUUCUGUGAGCCAUUGCCUAAGUAACAGGUGCAGGUGUGCCUUAAAAGCAGCAGGUACUCAAAUCUUUUUAUAAAAUUUAUAUUCUCAGGACAUAGAUACAGAGUUUAUUACUAAACAGCUGGGAAGAUACAGAGAAGGGCUGGUUUCGGCAUUUGUAGCCUUUCAAUUAAAUGUAGGCAAACCAUUGUAACGGCAUUUAUAAUAUUCAGGGGCCGUGCUAGGUCAUAUAUUAAUAUAAAGCUCAGGCAGGACAGUAUCUUAAAGAGCACAGCCCUGUCGGCUUCAUUUUAUACAAGUGGAAACUAAAGCAAAUAGUGGAGAGGAUCUUGCCCAGUGUCACUAGCUACUUUAUGGAACCACCAAAGUGAGAAACCACCAUGCUCACAUCAUUUGGUCCCAACCUAACAUUCUUCCUACUCAAGUCUUUCCUUCUGAUCCGUUCUGCAGUAGUGGUCACGCAAACUGCUUUUGGGUUUUGAAUAAAAACUGCAAGUUAAUAAAUUAACCACAGUCCUCCUUUCUGCGGAGGGAUUCUGUGAUAGGAAAAUCACAGUUGAUACCCUUAACUACUUUCGUGAAUAGUUGAGGAAGCAGUUAACUAGUUUUACAGUUGAGUUGAGAACUCUAUUUUACUUUAAAUUUUUCAAAGCCUGUUUCUAAUUUUGGAAGAUAAAUAUUUUCACAUAAGGGGAAAAAUAAGCAAAUGCAUUUGCUGAUUAUAGAACUAAUAAAAGAGCUGUGACUGCGGUAAAAAAAAUCAUAAAGAAUUAUUAAUUUCAGUACAAACAUACUAAGCGAAGAUUUAGGGCCACCCUCAGGUUCUUCCUUAGAGUGAAAUGGAUUUGGGGUAGGGAGUCAAAACACAUGAGAUCAGGUAGGAAAAGAACUCUGAAGUAACACCAUCUAAGUUCAAAUCCCUGGCUCUGCCUUAGGCAAAGUCUUGAACUUUGCUCAGCAUGUUUCUUCAUCUGUAAAAUGGGGAUUCUUGUGAGAUUUAGAAAGUGUUUUGAACAGUACUUGGAAUUUCAAAAAUGCUAUAUAAUUUGUCAAAUAAAAAUGCUAGAUAAAGUGUUAAGAAUCUAUGUUUAAUCAUCCUUUUCUCUCUAGAGUAAAAAAUGGAGAAUUGGUGUUUUCCGAAGUGUUGCUCUGAAACUUGUUUCUCAUUGACUUUUGUACCUUGUUCCUUCCCCUUUCUUUACUCAGUGGUUGACUGUGUAGAUGAAUAGAAUGGCCACGUGUUGAUAACCCCUAACCUCCAUGUGCCAUCUCAAUCCCACUUUUCAAUUCAUGGAAAGUGAAGGUGUCUCUUAGCUCAGCUUCUUUAAUGGCUGUAAUUUACAAUCGGCUUUUUGUUUUUUUACUAUUUGUAGUUAAAGUAAACUACAAAUAGUGUUAAAACACUGGAUUCUCCCGAGAGUAAUAAACAGAUUUUUUUUUC